AUGGAUAACACAAAAAUUUUCAACAUACUGGCAAUUUUGCUAGGUCUUAGGCCCUUUGGAAGGAGCCUUUUGGGUGCAAAUGCAAGAAAGGUUCGAACAGCAAACCUCCUUCAGCUUCUACCAUCCCUAGGAAUGCUCAUCUUGUACACCCUGUGCUUGGUUAGCAUGUUUAGAACGCGCGAUGAAGCAGCCAGCAUUGCUGCAGCAGCGAAUUGGCUUCAAGCAGCUCCCAAUGCAUUCGCCUUCAUCAUGGUUAUUAUUUUCGCGCUCAAAAAUCGAGACUUGGGACAGGAAAUCUUGGAUUCCUUCGUCAUGUGCGACGAAAAGCUUAGAGACUACUUUGGGAUAAACUACGACAAAGUUAAUCGUGUAUCUGGAAAGAUGUCUAUUCUCUUUGUAUUUGUCAGCAUUACAUCAGGAUUAACUGUUGCUGCUUUAACCUUUUACUCUGCCGUUGACUUAAGCAAUUCUUGGACUCUCUUCUAUUGGGCCUCAUUCUGCUUACCUAAAUUCACCUUAAUGGUAUUCAAUUUCCAAUUUGUCGGUGCUAUUUCUUUUCUUACAAGUCGUACUCAACUCCUACGCAUGGCGGUACGAGCUAAUCUAUCCGGAGAACUAGACGCCCUACUAGCACAGAUGUCUAUAUUGGGAAAACACGGGAACGCCAUGAAAGUUAGACCUGUAGAUUCGGUAAAUCCAACUUCAGCAACACUCGUUGCGGACAUUGUGGGAAUACUGCAUAAUCUAUGUGACAGGGUUAACCUCUAUUUCGGGAAGCAACUUAUCCUCACGUUUCUAUCAGCUUUUAUAUGCGUUAUUGUGCAAAUGCACUACAUCAUUAACCACAUUCGCCAUGGCUUUGCUAUGACUGAUGCUGAGAUCCUUGUCAGUUUCAGUCUAGCCCUCGUUACGAUGCACGCCAUUGAAUUCUGGACUGUACUUCAUGGUGGGGAAAUGGCAAAGGUGAAGUGGAAUGAAACAAUGGUGGUUCUAACGCAGGCCAGGGGAAACUCUUCAGAUGACAAACUAAGAUCCAAGAUAAAUGACAUUCUAGCCACGAUGAAGGUUAAGAAGUUGGAGUUUCACGCUUUUAACUUCUUUACCGUUGACCUAUCUCUGUUAACUGCGAUGAUUUCCGCCAUGACAACCUACCUCAUUGUUUUGGUUCAAUUUAAGAUCAGUGAAGACGAAAAGGGAGGAGAUAGUAGUACUAAUCCUACAAAGCAGUUUUCAGUUGAAUCCUAAGAAUUUAGUGCAGCAGUUCAAGCAGUUUAUGUGUGAAAUUUACAAUAUA